AUGGUGGCAGAAGAAGCGGUCCGAAAAUUAGCCCUUGAAACAGAAAAAGACCCUACACCAUACCGCUUGGAGUGGCUCAAGAAGGGAAACGAGGUAAUAGUAUCCCAACGCUGCCUUGUGACUUUUUCAAUUGUAUCAAGAUAUAAAGACAAAACUUGGUGUGACGUGGUGGCCAUAGAUGCAUGCCACUUAUUGCUUGGAAGGCCAUGGCAAUAUGAUAGGAAUGUUCAUCAUGAUGGAAGGAAUAACACCUAUAGUUUUUUGGUGGACAAUGUGAAACUCACUAUUUUGCCUAAUCUGGGAGACAAACCUAAACCUUCUAAAGGGGCGGGCCAAAAUCUCUUGGCUAAGAGGGAAUUCAUUAAGGAGAUGCGUGAUUCCAAUCAAGUAUAUGUCCUAGUUAGGAAGGAGUGCACUCCCACAGAGGAGGCAGUCCCAGAAGCAAUGAAGGGAUUGGUGGAGGAGUUAUCCGAUAUGUUCACGAAAGAAUUACCAGAAGAGCUAUCGCCUCUUCGCGACAUUCAACACCAAAUCGACUUGGUACUCGGUUCUAAUCUCCCCAACCGACCACACUACUGCAUGAGUCCUAAGGAGCAUGAAGAGCUACGCCGACAAGUAGAGGGGUUACUAUCCAAGGGUCAUAUUCGGGAGAGCUUAAGCCCAUGUGCAAUUCCAGCUUUUCUUACACCUAAGAAAGAUGGAUUAUGGAGAAUGUGUGUUGAUAGCGGUACCAUCAAUAAGAUUACAGUAAGGUAUAGAUUUCCUAUUCAUCGAUUAGAUGACUUACUAGAUCAAUUGGGGCAACAAUAUUUACAAAGUUAG